UUGUCAGUUCUAGCGGAAUCGUCCGAGGGUGCAAACGCGAUUUGAGCGCGUGCUAUUUUCGCAUUGCAUUUAUUAUUAUUAAAUUCAUUUCUUAUUUUUCAUUUGUUCUUCCACGUCAUACGAAGAAUCCCAGAGAGUCCGUAGUCGGAAAAUCUCAGUGUGCAGUGAAAUAAUCUAUCAUUAAUUUUUCCUGAGACAUCUGAGGUUUUUCCUCUCUCAACAAGGAUUAAUUCCCUGGUUAACCCCAGGAACAACUCACAGUGUGACGAAAACCACCCCCACAUUUUUGACAAAAAAAAAUAAAUAAAUUAUACUCUCAGCGAGUAAAAGGCAAGCAGAUUACAAAAAAAAAGAAAUAAAAAUAAACCAAUUCUUAUACUGUGAACAACUGAAAAAUAAAAGUAUUAAACGUGCUAUUAAGGAUAAAAAUAAAAUUUGAAAUAUUGUAAGCAGAGUAGUUGAAAAGUGAGAAAGAAAUUUGUUGUUUUCCAAUUUUAUAUACAAAGAAAAAAAGUAAAGAAAAAACGCAUAACAAUAAAUAUACCUAUUAGUGUGUGAAGGAAGAAUUUAAAUUAAUAUACACCGAGUGAGAUAAUAUUGAGGAUUUUCGGGCAAAAUUCUCAGUUAGUGAGGCAAAAAGUUACGUUAAAAGGAUUUUUUUGUGUUUGGCGAAAUAGUGUUGCAAGUGCCGAAAAUAAGGACACAUCGACAUUGAUUGUCCAUUGACGUGAAAAUCAAGAAGUUCGCGUGGCACGUGACUGAGGGUUGUAAGAGGACGAAAGCAAAGGGUUUUCUGCAAAGCAUCGAAGGGGUUGAACGGGGCUUAAAACAUGACUAAUACGAUGGAAACUGCUGUGGCACAGAAUGGCACAACACAGACAGCUGCCAACAAUGGCAAUCCCGGUGAGGGAAGUCAGGAGGAAUCCCGGACAAAUCUCAUUGUCAACUAUCUACCACAAACUAUGACCCAAGAGGAGAUGAGGUCACUGUUUGCCAGUAUUGGGGAAUUGGAAAGCUGUAAAUUGAUCCGGGACAAGGUUACAGGUGAGUUCUUUCCCGCAUCGGGUAAUCCAGCUCUACAGCAAGGUCAGAGCUUGGGGUAUGGUUUCGUCAACUAUCAGAAGCCAGAGGAUGCCGAAAAAGCUAUUAAUACUCUUAAUGGAUUGAGACUUCAGAAUAAAAUCAUUAAGGUGUCCUUUGCACGCCCAAGUUCCGAAUCGAUAAAGGGGGCAAAUUUGUAUGUUUCUGGAUUACCAAAAAGCAUGACACAGCCCGAAUUGGAGGCACUCUUUUCUCCCUUUGGACGUAUUAUAACUUCACGUAUUUUGUGUGACAAUCUCACAGUUCAACAAUUUGUGGCUGGAGAUUUACCUGGGACAGCUGGUUUGUCCAAGGGAGUGGGUUUCAUCCGUUUUGACCAACGAAAUGAGGCUGAACGUGCCAUUCAGGAGUUGAAUGGAAAAAUCCCCAAAGGAUGCACCGAAGCCAUCACAGUCAAAUUUGCCAACAACCCCAGCAACAAUGCAAAAGCACUCCCACCAUUGGCAGCAUACUUGACUCCUCAGGCCACGAGACGUUUUGCUGGAACUCUUCCAGCUGGGAGAUUUAGCAUUGGGAAAAGUCCAUUGCUUGCUAUAAACAAGGGUUUGCAGAGAUACUCCCCUUUGGCCGGAGAUUUGCUGGCCAACACCAUUCUUCCCGGGAACGCCAUGACUGGUUCCGGGUGGUGCAUCUUUGUGUACAACCUGGCUCCAGAAACGGAGGAGAAUGUGCUGUGGCAGCUCUUUGGGCCAUUCGGAGCCGUCCAGAGUGUCAAAGUGAUUCGCGACCUGCAGACGAACAAGUGCAAGGGAUUCGGAUUUGUCACAAUGACCAACUACGAUGAAGCUGUUGUGGCUAUCCAAUCCCUCAAUGGAUACACCCUCGGUAAUCGCGUCUUGCAGGUCAGUUUCAAGACAAACAAAACCAAGACCGCCUAAACUGUGGUUCUUGACAGUUAAUGAAAGUAAAAAGUAAAAAAGAAAAACGAUGGAGAAUUGAGAUAUUCUUUAAGAUGAUGAAUGGAUUUACAACCUAUAUUAAAUUAGAAUCAUUUUAAUUCAUAAAAAAAUAUGACUUACACAGCAACAAAAAAGACACACACUUUCCAAAGAUUCAACUCUUUUUAAGAGUUAGACUACAACAAAAAAAAAGUUUAAAGAAGAUAAAAUAAAGUUAAAUAGAAAUGGUAGAGAAACGAAUGAAACGAAGAGAUUUGUGAAGAAAAAAAAAUGACGCUAUAAUCCCAAUAUUGCAAUAUUUUGAUACAUUUUUGAUGAAGAAAAAAAAGACAAAUAUUAAUAUUUAUAUAUUUAAAUGAGACAUAAAUUAUUAUAUACAUAUAUAACCUAAUCAAUUUUAUUGCACCCUUGGUCAUUUUUUAUAUUGAAAGAAAAUAUUUGAAGGUGAUGGAAAAAAAAGGAAAUUGAGACAAAGACAUUCCAUUUAAUUCUUUUUUUCUUAUUUCCUGUCUGAAGGAAGAGAAGAUCGCUGAUUUUUUCCUUUUCUGAGUUUUUUUUUAGUCUAAAUAAAUUUCUGAUUUUUUAAUGAUUUUUCUUCACAAUCAGUGAGAAAAAUUUUUAAUCACAAUCUUAGUCAUUCUUUAGCGGUCAUUUCUUUCCACGUGCGAGCUGAUAGUAGAUAAGACACGAAACAAAGACAAAAGAAACCACACAAUAUAGAAAUGAAAGAUUUAAAAAAAAAAAAAAAGAAAACAAGAGGGUGUAAGCAAUUUUAGAUGUAAGUGUUGAAAGUUCUGUAAAUUGAACAAAAACCCAAGUUGUUUAUUGUAAAAUGCGAUGUUGAAGAGGAAGUUUCUUUUUUAACGACGAGGGAGCGCGCCAAGAAGGUAAGAAGAAAACAAAAACUUUCACAAAAACGACGAAGACACUUAGGAAAAUGUCAUUUUAAAUAAUAAAAAAGAAGAUCUUUAACACUAUUUUUUAUUCAAAUGAUAAUUUUUUUCAGAGUGAAUGUAUUUUUCCCUCGUGAAAAAAAAGUUUCAAAAUAUUAUAGUGAAAACAAAAGUUUUAUUCAGAAAAUAUUCGCGCACAAUUUAUUUGAAAGAAUCCUUUUUAAGAAAGUAAAAAAAACCCAAGAGAUAGUUUUAAAGAGAAAAAAAAAUGACAGAAAGUUUUUAAUUUUUUUCAUUUGGAAAAAAAGAGAAAAAAACAUCCCUCUUCUUAUAUGAAAAGAGAAAUCCAAUUUAUCUUUUACAAAAUCCUUCCUGGAAAAACAAUCCAACUGUGAGAAAAAUAAAUUAUCAUUGAAACAUUUUUUAGGAAGGAUUGUGAAAUGGACAAAAAGUGCAAGAGAUUAAUCUUGGGCGGGAUUUUUCAAUACGAACUCUCAAAUGGGAAUUUGGAAAUCUUAAUUUAAAAAUAGAGACAUUUUUUCAGUUUAACUUUUAAUCGCGACGGUCAGAGCAAAAGUGGUCUAUUUUAUAUGUAUUUGUCUAGUAAAUAGCCCACUCUUGCUCAGGGCGACUCAAUUUUAAAGAAAUCUUGCAGUAAACUUUUAGAAAAAAUAACAGGAUUAAGAGAUUAAUAGAAUUCUGAACUUUGUUUAAAAACUCUUAAUUUUAAAAUGGAUUUUCCUCAGGAAACUUUAAAGACCUCUGAGGUCCAACAAAACUUGGCAUACAAAAAUUUCGAUAAAAGCAUUCGUUGUAAUGGACUCUGCGUUUCCGCAAACAACUUUAAAUUGUUCGUAGCCAGAAAAUUUCAAGAAAUUUCAAAAAAUCAAAUUGAAAUCUUAAAAUGUUGAGUCCAUACUUGAAUAUCUUAAAAUCCACACGGUUUGUGUCUUGGAUAAAGAUUCCGAGACCUUUCACAAAUCUGAUAUUUUGAUCUUGAUUUUUUAAUUACAGAACAUCAUUUUGAAAUUUUCUUAUUCUUGAUUGUAAUUUUGAUUUCAAAAUUCAAGCCAAAGUUUAAAAAUAGAAUGAACUUGAAACCCAAGCUCCUUGACACACUUAGGACUUAAGCCGAGAGACGGCUUAGUGGAAAAUGAUAAUAGUGUGGUUUAACCAUUAUUUCGAAUAUAAUUACGCUAAGCCGUCUCUCGCCUAAUCCUCAAGUCUGUCAAGGCCCUAAGAUAAUUGGGAUCUUAUAAUCAUCUUAACAUAAGAUGAUUCGAAGAUCUAAGGUAUGUAGAUAUCAUAAUCUAGAACAAAAAUUAUUUUGUAUUAGAAAAUUGAUUUUGCAAUUCAAUCAUUAAAAAUAUUAUAAAUCUGUCAAAAAGUAAGUGAUCGAUUUAUAAUAUUUUGAAAUUGAAAACACAAUCUCUUAGAACCUCUUAAAAUUAGUUUCAAUUUAAAUUAAAAUUUAAAGAGAAUUAAAAAAAAGAAUUGAAGUUUUGAAAUCUAAGACAAUCCAGUUUAACAACUGAAUCAAAUAUCUUAAGAUUUCUAACAUGGAAUAGUUUUUCCAAUAAGUCAUUUCAUAUAUUUUUUAUUCAAUGAUAUUUCACUUAUGAUUUUAAAGUAUUUUGAAGUUUAAUAAGUAAAUCUUAUGAAAAUAAAUGAAUUAAGAGUUUUAAAACUCUUUACUUUAUUGCAAAAUCUCUUAAAAUUAACUUCAAUCUUGCCUAAAAUAUAGGGGAAGUGCUUAUAAUUUUGGACAGUCUGCAUAUAAGCAUCGAUAUCCUAAGUUUGAAGUGCCAUAUUUUCAAUACUAAUUGACUUUUCUUGUUACUCUCUUUUCAGAAGGAUUGUUUAGAAACUUGGCAAGCUAUUUAUCAUCUCAUUUUUACUAAAAUUAGUUUUAAUACGUUUAAAAAUGAAUUGAUAUGUAGAGGUGAAUUUGACUCUUAUUUUGGACAACUUGGUUAUUAAUUUUUACAACUUGUCUGUAAAUUUGGACAGAUAAUCCGCCUCAACAGGAUGCCCAUUGUUCUUCAUUUUAUGAACCAAUCUUACCAAGUCCUCUUCCUGGUCAUGUAAGGGAAACGUGGAAUGUCACAAGAAGCCCAGAAACUGUCCAUAUCAUUCAUUAAAGUGAGUUGACUUCGAUACUCCAACUACGUGCGGAUUCGCUCAUUCCCUGGCCUUUCCGGGAGCCUUUCAAGGCAUUUCUUGCUACAUCUCUUUCGUAGAGAUGAUGCUCCUUUGUUUCUCCAGGCAUUUGUCCAACCUAGUCAUCACAAAAGCUAAAACUUCACGAAAUUUCGUGAGAAAAACACCUGUCCAAAAUAAGAAUCAUCACCUCACUGGUGAAUGUCUUAAAAAAUUUCCCAUUUUUCACAUGAAAAAUAUAAUUCACAAGGCAAAUCUCACUUCAGGUCAAAUGUACAAAUCAUCAGUAACGUGAAUCAACACAAUAUUCAAUGAAUAUUCAAUAAUAUCACUCAAAAACAGCGAACAAACUUUGUUAGUACUUCACCAAAACUAAAUAAGACUGAAGUAAGCCACGAAGUUCUGUCAUAUUUCUCGUAAGCAAUUGCUCACACUGAAUUUUCAACAAAGCAAUUUCAACUCAAAUCAUAUUCAAAUUUUAACGUAUUUAGUGUUAAAAUCUUCCAAAAAGAACAAAUAUUUAGAUAGAAUUCAUUAUUCAUCAAAUAUUGGAAUAAAAAUCCAUCAUUUUAAUCAAUUUAUUUUUAGUGUCCAAUGUUAUCCUCAAAGUGUCCAAAAUAAGAAACUGGACAAAAUUAGAAGCAUUUCCCCUAAGUAGGGUUAAAAAAAAGAACAAAUUUUGCAAGAAUUGAGUUUCAAAUUUAAUUUGAAUGUUAAUUCUUAGGUUAAACAUAAAAAACUUUGACUCAAAUAAAUAAAAUUUGAAAAACAUAAUGAUAUUCUGUUUUUAAAAUUUGUCUGAGAAUUAAGAUCUAGGUUAUUAAUUAAACUUAACCUCAGAUACAAUCGAUAUUCUUAUAAAUUCUCUGAAAUAUCUGAAGGAUUUAUAACAUAUUUAACAGAAGCUUAUCGUAAGCAAAAUGUAAUUGUUACGUAAUUUGAAUUACUGCUACACUUAAAUUAAGAUAAAUUAAAACUUAACAUUUUAAUUUAAAAGUUUAAGGUUUUCAUUAUGCUGUUUACUGAAAAAAUUUAGGAAUUGAAGUUCCGAAUUGUGACUAAAAUUAUGAAAGAUACCUCAAUAUUCCAUUAAAGUUCAAGAUAAAGACUUUUAGUCCUGAAAAUUUUUCAAAGUAUAAAACUUAUCUCUUAAUUUAAAAUUAAGAAUUUCAAGAUUAAUUAAGUGAUUCUCUAUUGGUUUCUAAAAUCUUAAUUAACUACCUUUCAAAAGCAAAGAAAAUCUUAAUUUUUAAUCUUAUCUCUAACCUUUAAUUUUUAAAAUCUUAUCCGCAUAUUUCUAUCUCGAAUUCGAAUAAGAUUCCCAAUCGCAUUUAAGAAUCCAAAUUGGAAAGUCCCGCCCAUUGAAAAAAAAAACUCAUUACGAAAAAAAGACACGAAUUAUACAAAAUAAAAAAAACUAAUACUCUAAAAUUGAUAUUUAAACAAAUUUCAAGAAAAUAGAUCUCUAUUCUGUAAUUCUUCACUCUCAAACUUUAUAUUUAUUAUAAUUCAAUAUUUAGGAAGAAAGAUUUAUGUCUUAAGAAUGAAGAAUCAAGUAUAGUCAAAUCGUAUUAUUUAAUAUUUUAUCCAAAAAAAGGAAGCAGGAGUAAAUGAUGAAAAAAUAAUGAUGAAAAAAAACUUAUAAACAUAAAAAUAUAGUAAAAUUGUUCUUUUAUGUCUAAAGAAAAAAAACCAAUUAAAGAUGAGUAAAAAAAUGAUAUUGAUUUGUAAAACGAUCUCUAAUUAAAUUUAUCAAUAUGCUGUGUGCUUUUAAUGAUAAACGAGAAGUAAAAAAAAUCCACAAGAAUUAAACUAAAGGCAAAAAGGAGUUUUUGAGAAGAAAUCUUAAAUUAUUAAAAUUAGUGUGAUGUAUUUUCAGUUUUUUAUGUUGUAACUUGUGUUUUUUCUUCAAUGGAAUAUGUUUGUAAUGUUUAUUAAUUAACCCUUAAAAAAUGUGAGAGAAAUUUUAUAACUUAUGCUUUGCAUGCUUUUUACUUAAUAUUAUUUAUAUAAAGAAAAAAACUCACUCUUUUCUAGUCAAAUGAACAAAAAACCAACAAAAUAGUCACUAAUAUUUAAUUAUAUUUAUGAAAGAGAAAAGAAAAAAAAAUCCCAAAACAAUAAUUGUAUCUUUGAGUAGAAGAUUUAAAAAGAAAAAAAAAUGUCAAGAGGUAAUCUUCAUAGUUCAAAAUAUGUUUUCUUUGUUUCUUUUCGAAUGAGAUUAUUCUAUAUUUAUUUUAUUUAAUAAUAUCACGUAAUUUAUUUCACGCAUAUUUAUUCUUUGUUUGUCGUCUUUAUUAGAAGAAUAGAGAAAGAAAAUGAUGGGAGGUAAAUUUUAAAAUGAAAAUGGAGCAUUUUUGAGAUUUUUCGUCAAGUAAUUUUUCAAGUACUAUUUCACUAUAAUCUUUUAUUUUCUAUAUGAUAAAUUUAUAAUGAACAAAAAAAAACUUUUAAUAAAACUUAUGUACUUCUCAAAGAAUGUGCAAUAAAGAGUAAAAAAAAUCCAA